UCGAUAAAUACAUACGCAUACAAAUCUCUCUCUCUCGAUCUCUCUCUACUGUUUACUCAUAUAACACUAUUUUUUUCUCUUUCAGUCUUCCGUUUUCUUCUCUCUACAACUCUUCUCCAGAGCUAUGUCAGGACGCAACCGUGGACGCGGCAGCGGUGUUGGUGGCGGUGACGGUGGAGGCCGAGGCAGAGCCCAGCCUCGCACUGGCCUUCCUUCGCCGGCCGUGCAAGGCCGUGGAAGAGGUCGCGGCGGUGCCGGACCAGCCCCUACUCAGGCGCCACCGCCGACGGUGAGUCAGCCUCCUGUGGUUUCACAUUCUCCUCCGCCUUCUCAAGCACCGUCGUCGUCGACGACGAGGACUGAGGUGUCGUCUCUCAGCCAAGACGUCGAGAGCAAGUUAUCGAUGCAGACUUCGCCAUCGCCGGUUCAGCCUAUGACGGUGUUGCCAUCGUCGUCGAAGUCUCUGAGGCCGCCGGCGAGGCCGGGGUACGGAACGAUCGGCCGGAAAUGCAUUGUUCGUGCGAAUCACUUUCUGGUCGAUGUUGCCAACAAAGAUCUACACCACUAUGACGUGACAAUCACUCCUGAGGUUGCGUCCAAGAAAGUUUGCAGGGACAUAAUAAGUGAGCUUAUUGCUUCGUACCGGGAAUCUCACUUAGGCAAACUAUGGCCAGCUUAUGAUGGAAGGAAGAGUUUGUUCACAGCUGGGAAAUUGCCUUUCAUCUCGAAGGACUUUGUUGUUAAGCUUGUUGACAAAUAUGAUCAAACUAGGAGAGAACGUGAGUUCAAGGUGGCAAUCAAAUUUGCCGCCAAAGCUGAUAUACAUCAUUUGCAAGAGUUUCUACGUGGUAGGCAAUUUGAUGCACCCCAAGAAACUGUACAAGUUCUUGAUGUAGUUUUUCGAUCAACACCUUCCACUAUUUAUACUGUUGUUGGAAGGUCAUUCUUCUCUCCCAUAUUGGGUGAAGUAGGCGAUCUUGGCGAUGGUUUACAAUAUUGGAAAGGUUUCUAUCAAAGCCUUCGCCCAACCCAAAUGGGUCUCUCCCUUAAUAUUGACAUGUCAGCGAGAGCAUUUUAUGAACCAAUUCUGGUUUCUGAUUUUGUUGCAAAAUAUUUCAAUGUUAGAGAUCUAACGAGACCUCUGUCUGAUCAAGAUCGUAUUAAGGUUAAGAGAGCUUUGAAAGGUAUUCGGGUAGAACUUACCCACAGGGAGGAUGGCAAACGGUACAAAAUAUCUGGUGUAUCGGCUCAGCCAACAAGCCAAUUGACGUUUGCCCGCGAUGACACGGAUGCUAAGAUAUCAGUUAUUCAAUACUUUCGUGAGAGAUACCACAUCAAUCUAAAGUUUGCGUUCUUGCCUGCACUUCAAGCUGGCAGUGACUUAAAGCCUGUUUACCUACCAAUGGAGCUUUGUAAGAUUGUAGAAGGACAAAGGUAUUCAAAAAAGUUGAAUGAAAAGCAAGUGACUGCUCUGCUAAGGGCGACCUGUCAACGUCCUUUUGAGAGAGUACAAAGUAUUAGCAGGAUGGUUGAGCGUAACAAUUACAAUAAUGAUAAGUUUGUGAAUGAAUUUGGGCUUCGAGUAAAGACUGAACUCACAUCUAUUGAUGCUCGUGUCCUUCCAGCUCCAAUGCUUAAGUACCAGGGUACACAAGAGGUCCCACGAGUGGGGUGUUGGAACAUGAUUGAUAAGAAAAUGGUUAAUGGUGGCAAGGUGGAGUUUUGGACAUGUGUGAGCUUCUCACGGCUAAGGCAAAAUGAGGUUUUCAAAUUUUGUGAGAAUUUGGUCGACAUGUGCAGGAAUAAAGGGAUGGAUUUCAAUCUGAUGCCUUUAAUUCCCAUCCGUUUGGCACAUCCUGCUCAGAUUGAGAGGACCCUUGUUGAAAUUCACACUCAGUCUAAUGUGCAACUAACGAGCAUAGGGAAAGCUGAUGAACAACUUCAAAUGUUAAUUAUUAUUUUACCUGAAGUCACUGGAUCUUAUGGAAGGAUUAAGCGGGUGUGUGAAACAGAGUUGGGAAUCAUAUCCCAGUGUUGUCAGCCCAAGCAAGCAAUGAAGUGCAACAAGCAGUAUCUUGAAAAUGUUUCUCUAAAGAUCAAUGUGAAGGCUGGUGGACGGAACACUGUGUUGGCUAAUGCUCUUGAGAAAAAAAUUCCCUUUCUAACUGAUCUACCCACGAUAAUAUUUGGUGCUGAUGUGACUCAUCCUCAACCCGGGGAGGAUUCUAGUCCAUCUAUAGCUGCAGUGGUUGCAUCGAUGGACUGGCCAGAGGCAACUAAAUACAGAGGAUUGGUCUCUGCACAGCCUCACAGGGAGGAAAUUAUACAGGAUCUCUACAAAACUUCUCUGAAUGCUAAGAAUGAGAUAGUUCACGGAGGAAUGAUUAGGGAUAUGUUGAUUUCGUUUCGGAGAUCAACUGGGCAAAAACCUUGUAGAAUCAUAUUUUACAGAGAUGGAGUUAGUGAAGGUCAAUUCAAUCAAGUUCUGUUAUAUGAGAUGGAUGCCAUUAGAAAGGCUUGUGUCUCCUUGGAGGCAGAUUAUUUGCCACGAGUCACCUUUGUGGUGGUGCAGAAGAGACACCACACCCGCCUCUUUCCUGCAGAACAUGGUGAUCGCAAUUCAACAGAUAGGAGUGGCAAUAUUUUACCAGGUACUGUUGUUGAAACAAAGAUUUGCCACCCUACGCAAUUUGAUUUCUAUCUUUGCAGCCAUGCGGGUAUUCAGGGAACAAGCCGGCCUACACACUACCAUGUGCUCUAUGAUGAAAACAAAUUUACUGCGGAUGCCUUGCAAAUGCUGACGAAUAACUUGUGCUACACAUAUGCUAGGUGCACUCGUUCGGUUUCAGUAGUUCCACCUGCCUAUUAUGCUCAUUUGGCAGCAUUUCGUGCACGCUACUACAUCGAGGGUGAAACAUUAGAAGCCGGAUCAAGUAGUGGAGGUGGACGUGGAGCAGGUCAGGCCACAAGGGAGAGGAGUCUGGAGGUUCAGCCACUCCCCCAAAUCAAAGACAAUGUUAAAGCUGUUAUGUUCUAUUGUUGAGCAGUGUUUUUCCUUUCUUGUUUAUUUUGCGCUACUUUCUGGAAUACAAUAGGUUUAAGCUGUUUUUGUGGAUCAAGUGGUGGUUUUGGGGUAAAAAUUGAGCACUGCUCCUUUUGGCAGAAGAGCAACAUUAGUACUAUGCCUUAUAGUUCUACACAUUGGUGGAGAGUAGGAUUCCUUUA